AUCACCCCUCAUUGACGUCUUGUCGCAUAAUGCUCGAUUUCUCCUUACACAUCUUUGAUUUGGAUACAUAUACAAAAUGACGGUUGUUCACAUUGUACUAUUCGAGUGGAAGUCUACAGCUUCUCCUGAGCAAAUCUCAGAAGCAUGCACGCGUAUGCUCGCUCUAAAGGAAGAUUGUAUCCAUCCAACGUCCCAGAAGCCCUACAUCAAAUCAUUCUCCGGUGGCAAGAACAUCAGCCCCGAAGGCAAAUCCGGCAAUUUCACCCACGGAUUCGUCGUCGAGUUUGAGAGUGAAGAGGACCGCGACUACUAUGUAAUUAAGGAUCCUGCCCACCUAGAAUUUGUGAAACUCGCCGGUGAGGUGGCGAGUGAAGUCAAUGUGUUUGACUAUGAACCGGGCAAGAUGUAGAUGCAGCAAAAGCGAGGGAGGCUCGAUAGCUACAGAGAAGGAAGUCUAAGCAUAUUACGUCAUGUCUGUUGAGAGGUGUAACGCCAAGAUGCAACGCCGGUAAUGCUUCUAUAGUGAUGGAAUCGUAAGGGUAUCAUGCCACGCUGAA